AUGCCUCGAGAAAACCCCUUGUCGUCUUUAUCAUUAUUUGUUCCGCAAAUUUUUCAAGACGUUCAAAAAACUGUUAUAAACCACCGGAAAAACGCUGUGGUACUACGAAAAUUCCAGUUUCAAUGCUCGCAAUUUAACGAUGAUAAUCAUAAUUUUGGUGAAAACGAAUUUAAUAAAGAGUUUGUCAGAAAUGUAAAUAAAAUAUUACCAGUGAAAAAAGGACAAGCGAACGCAGAACGUGUUAUUACCUUUAUAGCUACAUUUGUAAAUUAUUGUCAAGAAAAAGAAAAUGAGAGAGGAAGUGAUUCUAGUGAUACUAUCGAUAAUGACAGCACGUUAUUAUCCCGAUUUACGGGAUUUUUGCUUAGGCAUUUUCUGAAAGGUAUCGAAGCUAAAGAUAAAAAUGUAAGGUUACGCGUCUGUCAACUCAUUGGUCUUGUAAUUGAUUCAAUUGAAGUAAUUGACGGUGAUUUGUAUGAGCAUUUGAAGGAUGAGUUGACUAAACGACUAUUAGACAAGGAAUCUUCUAUCCGUGUUAAAGCGGUGGAAGCAUGUUCCAAGUUACAAUGCGAGGAAAUUGGAAAGGAUAUCGUCGAAAAAUUACUUGGAAUAAUGCAAAAUGAUCCUAUCGCAGAAGUUCGACGUGCUGUCUUAUUAAAUAUUGACCUUAACGAGAAUACUAUUCCUCACAUAUUUGAUCGAACGAGAGAUGCUGAUGCAAGUAUUCGUCGUGAUGUCUAUGUGAGAUCUUCGGAAGAAAUAGGCGAUUUUCGUGUUUUAUCUAUUGAAACUAGGGAAAAAUUGUUAAGAAAUGGCCUUACAGAUAGAGACCCUCAAGUUAAUAAAGCUUGUUCAAACUUUCUUGCUUAUAAUUGGGUUCAACAUGCAAAUAAUAAUCUGUUAGAGUUACUUAAACGAAUUGACGUUGUAGGAAGUAAUGUUGCACAAGAUGCCCUUUUGACAAUUUUUAAGUCACGUCCAGAUCUUAUGCAAACGUUGAAUUUUGAUGAGUCAUUUUGGGAAAGUUUAACUAUCGAAUCCGUUUUUCUUGUACAAGUGUUUUGUGAAUUCAAUAAAGAGGAUGAAAAUAAGCUUGAUGAAGUUUUGCCAGAAGUUUCAAAAUUUGCCUUAUAUAUCCAAAAACACAUCAAUUUAAUGCAAGAAGCAUUUGAGGAAGAUAUAGUAAGUUGUGAGUUUAUUGUUGGUCAAUUGCUCAUAAUUUCAAAAUUCCUGGAUUAUGGAGAUGAAAUUGGAAGGCGAAAAAUGUUUAAUCUUCUUCGGGAAGUUCUUAUGCUUAAUCAUGUCCCAGAUGAUCAUAUUGAAAGCAUCGUGGAAGUUAUGAAAAAACUUUCAAUUGAUGAACGGGAUUUUGCUCGUUCCAUGGCCGAAAUCUUAAAUGAUAUUCGAGAAAAGAUCGAAACCGAAAAUGAUCAGGGAUAUAAAUAUCAGAUUGAGGAUGAGCUUUCUGCCAGCAUAUUGAACCUUAGUAUAAGAUCUGGGUCUUCCGAAAGAUCUAUGUCGACAAUAGAUUCAAAGUUCACACUUGAUGAUGAAGAUCGGAAAUUGACAACCAAAAUAACUAAUAUAAAGUGUUUGAACAUUGUGCGCUAUAUACUUGAAAGAAGCGAAGAAUCCUUACGUAAUAAUCCUUCCAUGUAUGGUAUUUUGAACGAAUUUAUAUUACCCAACUUGCAAAGUCCUGAACCAAUGUUACAUGAGCUUAGCAUUCAUUGUCUUGGAUUAAGUUGUUUACUUGACCAGCGAUUAACUGAUGAUAAAUUUGGUCUUUUCAUAUAUUGUGCGGGACUUACAAAUCCAGAAUUACAAAAUAAAGCUCUUAUGGUGAUAUUCGACAUUGUAAUGAUGUAUAGUUAUCCUUUUGUUGUUGAAAAUAUACGUCAGGGUGAUCAAAUAUUGGAAUUAUUGUGUGCGUGUCUUCAUAACGAAAAUCCAGUAGUUCUAGCAACUACAGUUGAAGGCAUAGCCAAACUUAUGCUUUCUCAAAUGAUAUACGAUAAAAAUAUAUUAAAAGAACUUGUAAUCUUAUAUUUUGAUGUUGAAACUGCAACUAAUACUCGUUUACGACAAUGUUUGAGUUACUUCUUUCCUGUUUAUUGUCAUUCAUCGGUCGAGAAUCAACGUUUAAUGUUACAGAUAUUUGUUCCGUCUUUAGUAAAUUUAAUGGAUGAAUAUAGACAACUUAAGAAUAAAGAAAUGAUACCACCUUUGCAAAUAGCGCAACAAUUAAUUGAUUGGGCGGAUCCUUCUAAAGUCGUAAAAUCGGAACAAAAUGAAGAGAUUAUAGAAUAUGGAGCACAUGCUGAUAUUGCCAUCGACAUUAUUAAAGAGCUUUUCAGAGAAACGAACAAGGAAUUAAGGAAAAUUUACUGCCUAGUUCUUAAUAAACUCAAUAUAGAUGAAUCCGCUGGUACUUUACGAUUUAAGAAACUAACUCUGCUUACUGGCAACUUAAAAACGAAAAAACCAUUGAUUGACGCAGUUUCUAGAAAUGCGCUCAAAAAAUUUGAAGACUCUAUACUUCGUUUUUACAAUGAUGCACCUGAACCUUUAAAUGAUAAUGAACUUGAACAAUUAAAAGAAAUUUUAGAAUUUAUAAAAAACGUUCAUGAAGAACCUUCAUUAAUACGUGUAACUAGAUCAAGUACUAGAAAUAAAACCGAAUCAUUUGUAAAUUAUUUUACUUAUCAAGAUUAUCAAGAACAAAAGAACUAA